AAUCAGUCAAGCUGCACUCUACGUCUUCAUUGUUUUUGAUCUCCCUCCAUCAUGGCAUCCCUACGUGCAGGACCAGUCGCUCCCGGCAUAGCAUUCAUCACUGGAGGAGCUCGUGGGCUGGGCAAUGCUAUAGCAGUGUCUUUUGCUAAAGAAGGCGCGAAAGGCAUUGCACUCGUAGACAUCCUAGACGAUAAAGCGUUACAAGCAGGCAAAGAAGCAGUAGAGCAACACGGCUGCAAGUGCAUAACGAUUCGCGCAGAUGUCACGAAAGAAGAGGACGUAGAGCGGGCCAUCGCUGAGACAGUCAACGAGUUUGGUCGCAUUGAUUACGCGGCGAAUUUUGCCGGAAUUGUUGGGCCGGUUGGCAUGAGCUGGGACGUCUCGCUGGACGAUUGGAAGAAAGUGAUCGAUGUCAAUUUGGUCGGUGUCUGGGUUUGCGUCAAGCAUCAGUUGAAGCAGAUGAUCAAGCAGUCUUCGAUUGAUGUCGAGGAAGGUCGAGUGCCACAGCAAGGAUCAAUCAUCAGCGCUGCUUCGGUCAACUCGAUCCUGUCUGGUGCCGGGACGAGCGGGUAUACAGCAGCCAAGCAUGGUGUCGUUGGCAUUACCAAGGCGGCUGCUCUAGAAGGAAGGACACAUAAUAUCCGAGUGAAUUGUGUAUCGCCUGGUUUCCUACUUACAGAGCUCUUAAAGCCAGCUAUGGCGGAAGGGGUACUUCGAGAGGAUGUUUGGAAAGGCUAUGAAGCAAGACAAGGCAGACAAGCCAAUUUCAAUGAGGUCGGCGAUGUGGUCGUGCUGCUGAGCACGCCGAGAAUGAGUCUUGUCAAUGGUCACAAUCUCGUAAUUGAUGGUGGGUUUACAAUUAAUGAGAACGCCUCAUAGAUUGUGUUCUGUGGGAUUGCUGCUUCUACAGCACUUGAGAAAUGCCUCAAGAUAUGAGGGCUUUCC